CCUUUGUGACGCCCUUCCCUUUUUCCAGAAGGUUCUUAGCCGGCGCCAUUUUGUCGCUGUGAAUCUCUGUUCGGUGGCGGUGCUUAGAGAGAGCUAGACAGCGGCAGCUGAGAGAGAUCCGUGGAGCGGCCUCGACUCCGAAAGCGCAAUGCGGUAUUCCAGGCAUUCAGAUUACUAUGAUUGGGAUGAAAAGCAAUGUUGGGAUCCCAAAACAGAGAACAGUCAUCAUAAGAGAAAAAGACAAUCAUAUAGCAGUGCACAUGAGAGCAAGCGCUGCAGAUACAAUCACAUACAAACUUAUGAUAGCCUUUAUUCAGAUACCAGUUCCUUACAUGAAAGAGAUCAUCACGAGCGUCGCUAUGUUGAAGAAUACAGCAACAACUAUAGUCAACUGUCUGAAACAAAGCAUCAUUACAAAGACCAUGAAAAUGGAUAUCACAAGCACAGUAGUAAAUCAUCCGGUUAUAGUGGCAGAAGCAGUUACAAAAGAAAACACAAGACUCAUCAUAAUAAAUCACAUCAUUCACCCACGAGGAGUCACCGAAGGAAAAGAUCGAGGAGUGUAGAGGAUGAUGAGGAGGGUCACCUGAUCUGUCAGAGUGGAGACGUACUAAGUGCAAGAUAUGAAAUUAUCACUACUCUGGGUGAAGGAGCCUUUGGGAAAGUAGUAGAGUGCAUUGAUCACAAAGCGGGUGGCAGACGUGUGGCAGUAAAAAUAGUCAAAAAUGUUGAUAGAUACUCAGAAGCUGCUCGUUCAGAAAUACAAGUAUUGGAGCACUUAAAUGCAUCUGAUCCUGAUAGCACAUUUCGCUGCGUCCAGAUGUUGGAAUGGUUUGAGCAUCAUGGUCAUGUUUGCAUUGUGUUUGAACUGCUGGGACUUAGUACUUAUGACUUCAUUAAAGAAAAUAGUUUUUUGCCAUUCAGUAUUGAGCAUAUCAGACAAAUGGCACACCAGAUUUGCAAAUCUGUAAACUUUUUGCAUUCAAACCAGUUAACCCAUACAGACCUAAAGCCUGAAAACAUACUGUUUGUGAAGUCUGAAUACACAAAAGAAUAUAAUGAUAAACUGAAACGUGAUGAACACAUACUGAAAAAUCCAGAUAUCAAAGUUGUAGAUUUUGGAAGUGCAACAUAUGACUAUGAACAUCACAGUACUCUUGUAUCUACAAGGCAUUAUAGAGCUCCUGAAGUAAUAUUGGCCUUGGGAUGGUCACAGCCAUGUGAUGUCUGGAGUAUUGGCUGUAUUCUCAUUGAAUAUUACCUUGGAUUCACAGUAUUUCCGACACACGAUAGUAAGGAGCAUCUGGCAAUGAUGGAAAAGAUACUGGGGCCACUGCCAGCCCAUAUGGUCCAGAAAACAAGAAAACAGAAGUACUUCCGCCAUGACCAGUUGGAUUGGGAUGAACAUAGUUCUGCUGGCAGAUACGUUUCAAGGCGAUGUAAGCCACUGAAGGAAUUCAUGCAAUGCCAUGAUGCUGAUCAUGAACAGCUCUUCGAUCUUAUACAUAAAAUGUUGGAGUAUGACCCUGCUAAACGGAUCACACUUGCAGAAGCCUUGAAACAUCCCUUCUUUUCCUCAUUAAAGGGGAAGCAUUAAAUAACUGCAGUUCUGCAGAAGAUUAAAGACUGUGUCAGUCAAAAAAGCAAAUAAGUUUUUUAAAUAUUUAUUUUGUAAAUUAGCUUUGUAAAUUUCUUUCAAUUGUCUUGUUCAAUCCAUUGACCUAGCUUUUGCAAUAAAAAUUUUGUCAAUAUUA